AUUGAAAGAAUCUGGGUAGAAUUCAAUUUAAGAGUAAAUUAUCCUGUAAAGAGAGCAUUGAAUGAAAUGGCUGGUAAUGAUGUAUUUGACAUGGAGGAUGGUAUUACAAAGUUUUCAAUUUCUUGGGUUUCAUUAAGAGUGUGCAAAGAAGGGUGUCGCCAGGUCAUUGACUCAUGGAAUGCACAUCAUAUCCAAGGAUCUGGUCGACCAAACGACCUUGAAGCAGCAAACAACAAGACUGCACCURUUGCAAUAAGAGAACUCCCAUCAACAGAAGAGGUUGUUCAGAUGUAUGAGCAAAAAGGAGGCCACUUGACUUACUGGCCUGAGUUUGGAUAUGAUCCAUUGUCAUUUUCCCCAGGCUUACGUCAAAGAAGAGUGAAUAUGUUUUCAUCUCAUUUUCCAGAUAUGGGUGUGAUAUUCUAUAAUGUAGUUAAUAAUUGUCCUGCAAUGUUUCAACGGGCAAUCAUACUUUUUCGAGAAUUAACUAUCUAUUUGCUUUCUCAUCCUUGAAGUACAGUAUGCAUGAUAUGAAACUCUAAAGUAUUUAACAGCACAUUUUGAGCCUUUGACUAGUUUUAUACCAUUCUUUGAUAAACUAUACAAUUAUGUCCUGAUAUGAAAAGUUUUGAAAGUGGUACAUUUUCAUUGAUUUUCUUGAAAAACUGACCUAUGUUGUCAAGCGAAUUGCCUAAACCAGUUAAACUAAUUGAAGGAUCCAUUCGUUUGAUAGGUGUUCAUUUAAAAGACAAUUUAAAAAAUGCAUAGCAAAAUACUGCUGAAAUUGUCUACAUUUAUCAUUCUUAUUCCCAUCGAACACAAUCGAAUAUCAAUUUCCGAUUGCUUGUCGACUGGUUUUUGAAUCGAAUACAGUCGUACUAAUAAUAGAGACAAAACUGUCGAACAGAAUCCUCGUCAAAACAAAUCCACGAAACUAAGCAAAUGAUGUACGAUGUGUCUGGAUUAAACAGUUUCAGUKAUUAGUUGUUAGAUAUAAGUCUAGGUGCAUCACAUAAUUGUAAUCGUUUACUUUGGAAUAAAAAAUUGAUAAAUAUA